GGGACUUCCGCCUCCUGAGUGAUGCUUUAGGAGGCGGAUAGUCCCUCUCUAUGGUCGCCUCGGUCCUCCAGGGCAGCUGAUUGGCUGUCUGUUCCUGGGAGCAGGGCGACUCCCCUCUUGGCCCCCACCUUUGGAAUAGGUCUAUAUAUAGGCCAUGCGGUGUCCUGCUCGGCGCCAUUUCUGCUUGGCUCUGCUGCUGAGCAGAGCUGGGUUUCGGGGAGGCAAACACAAGGGGCUUGCCCCCUCCAGACAGGUGGGGGCUUCCUUCCCCUCCCCCCCUUACUGUGGUCUUGGGGUAUAGAGAGUGCGGCGGCCGCCAUUUUGGACUGGGCUCCCUGCCAUGGGGCCCAGCUAGUGAGUAGUUUCGGCUGUUUUCCCUCCCCUCCUGUAUUUGGAUAGGGCUUUUGGUUUUGGAGAGUGUGUGGCUUGCCCAAGGACACCCUGUGUUGGGCUUGCUUGCUGUUCUCUGUUCAAAAAUUUUUCAGCCUGGUCACACUCUCUCAGCCACCUGUUUUGUUAUUUGCUCUUUCUAACUGGUAAUUGCUGACUGUUUAUUCAUCAUGCCCAACAAAGCGGGGCGCAAAAAGACAUCCUCGGCAAUAGCUACGCAAAUUACGUCUGGUCAAUUUGGGGGACUUCAGCAUAUGCUGGCCUUGAAUUUUAAUGCCACUUCCUCCUCUGAUACUACGUUGGGCUCAAGUUCCAGAAUUGUUUCUACAUCAGGAUCUUCACAUGUUGGGCCAUCGCCAGCUGUUCAUUGUUUGUCUCAAUCGGCAAUGUCGGAGCUGUCAUGUUCCAUUGCUGAGUUGAUUGCAAAAGCCACUUCACCUUGCCAGCUAAGUGAUCCAGAAUCUCCUUCACUUCCGACAGUUGCCAGAUCUCCUGGAGCCUCAUCUUCCAGCCAAGUACCUUCGGCAGACCGUGACAAGACCCCUGUGGCAGCGAAGCAUUAUGUUGUCUUGUUGUCAUCCAUCUCCAGUUUGACGUCGUCAUCUUCCAGUUCGGACAGCGAGGUGUUCGGCAGCGUUGAUGGUGACAACAGACGUAGACGGCUCAAGAAAGGUCACAGAGCCAAGAAAAGACACCGAUGGGCUCGAUCCUCACAAGCUGCUCAAGAUGCUUUCAAUGCUGUUAACUCACCUUUACCUUCUGGCAGAGAUUGCUUUUGAGUUGAGCAUGCCUUGGCCCCAGGCCUGCCGUGCUGGGCCAUCAAGCGUCGUAACUGGCGACCUAGUCUUCAGGGGGGUUGGGUCGACCAGGAAGCACAAGGGUUUCCAGUUUGCGCACCUGGAGAGCGCCCUCCUGGCUCUCAUCUACCUCGCAAAACCAGGAAGCUGAUUCUUAGAGGCUGUUUCGUUGAUGUCUUUGGUUUGGUUCCUCUGACAGGUCAAGCAGCUUUGAUGGUUACCUCGUCCAAGGGAAAAAAGAAGGCCCCCCUUUCCCCUCCAGUUGACUGCAAUUUUGGCUAGAGGGUUUCACCGUUUUUAGGGCUGUGGUUUCCAUGGUCUUCCCUGAACGGGCUUGACAGCUCGACAGCCAUUUGCUGCAGGCCCUUAAGGCCAGAGAGUUUGCUGGCGAGGCAGCAGCCAUUGCUUACGAUAUGGCAUUCUGCCAGCAUGCUUCCCAGAAUUCUAGAGAGUGAUGGGAUCACCUUCAUUCCGAAAUUUGGCUAUUGGAAGUUGGAAGUCAGGCCAUGCCGCCUGCAUCUUCCACUUGCUCUGCUCCUUCCGAUAGUCCGUGCCUUGUUUGCCGAGAUUUCAAGGUUUGGAUUGAGCACUAUCAUUGCGGUUUUAGGCUGAGCUGCUGCCCAGGCGGAUGACUGCGAUUACUGGUUUCCACUCUGACAGUGUUGAGGUUGAACCUGGCUUUUCAUUGGUGGACAUUAUGCGUUUCUGCAAUGUACAUCCACUAGGCUGAACGCGUUGAUAUGUUUGCAGCUUCAGCCGAUUUGAACUUAAUUUUUUUGCAUGGAUCAGGCCGGCUUGGCAGCUUCUCUGAACCCGGUUGGUGUUGCGUUCGGGGUAGGGUUGGCGGUGGCGUUCCUUCGGAACGGCCUUUGUGAGGGCAGCAGAGGUUCUGGAUCGGGUAGGCAUGGUCUAGAAGGUUGCAUAGCACUGUACUGGGAGUCCCUAUGGGACAUGGGAACGAUGAGGGCAUACGUUGUGGUCAUU